AUGGAGGAGAGUACCUUCCGUAGCAGCGGUGGCCCCUGGGGCUCCUCCGAAGCAAGCAACCAUGUUGGCUACAAACCCGUGCCUUUUCCGGUGCCCACACGUGACCCCUUGGGCUUUUCCUAUCUAGCUCUUUCCGACGGCUAUGCGGACAACUUCGAUGUCACCACGAACGCCUCUACGCGCCAGCCGCCCACUACAACGUCCUCCAGCAGCCACCGUUAUCCCGGUCUCGGA